AUGCGAACCCGUUCAGCAUGGCGCGCCCUCUGGACUCUACGAGCUCCUCAUGUCUAUUCCCGUCGCUUUGCUUCCGUGUCCGAACCUUCUCCAAUUAAAGUCCAACACCAACCAGCACCGCAUUCUGGUAAUAUCCGCAUCCUUCUCCUCGACAGGCCUGCCGCUCGCAAUGCCUUGUCACGCAGACUCAUCACUGAUCUGAAGCGUCAUGUCCAUGAGAUCCAGGCCGAGGGUGGUACAGGCCCCACGCGGGCACUGGUCAUCGCGUCCAACACAGACAAGGCUUUCUGCGCCGGGGCAGACUUGAGGGAAAGAAAGGAGAUGACGCAUGAAGAGACUAGGGAAUUCUUGACCGACAUGCGGAACACCUUCACCGAUCUAUCCAACCUCCUUGUGCCUACCAUCUCUGCUAUAUCUUCUGUUGCUCUUGGUGGUGGUCUGGAACUGGCGCUCUGCACGACAUUUCGGGUAUUUGGAUCGUCUGCAGUUGUAGGCCAACCUGAAACAAAGCUGGCAAUCAUCCCGGGAGCAGGAGGGACCUACAGACUGCCUGCAUUGAUUGGGAUCAACCGAGCACGCGACCUCAUUCUUACUGGUCGACGAGUUGGCGGUGCAGAAGCCUACUUUCUAGGACUGUGCAACAGAUUGGUGGAGAUUACUCCGGAGGAAUUCGACGAGGAGGCAAAGGCACGGCAAAAGGUGCUGGCUGCCAGUUUACAGCUUGCCAAUGACAUUUGCGAUGGAGGGCCGAUUGCCCUGACCCAGGCAAUGCGUGCAGUCAAUGGGUGGCAACGUGGAGAAGCCGCAGAAAACGAGGCCUACGAGGUCAUCCUGAAGACAGAGGACCGGAUGGAAGCAUUGAGGGCAUUUGCAGAGAAGAGGAAGCCAGCCUUCAAGGGCAGAUGA